AUGGCCACUCAUGAAAUCAAUCCAAAUAUACACAACUCCAUUAUUACUCAACCCCCGACGACCUCUAACGUCUCCGGCGACAACCUCGACUGCAACGCCGCCGCAGCGAGCGGCGAGAGUGGUGGCGGGAAGAGAGGCGGCGGGAAAGGGAGAGGCGGGCCGGACAACAGUAAGUUUAAGUAUAGAGGGGUGAGGCAGCGGAGUUGGGGGAAGUGGGUGGCGGAGAUCCGGGAGCCCAAGAAGCGGACGAGGCGGUGGCUCGGGACUUUCGCCACGGCGGAGGACGCCGCCCGAGCCUACGACCGAGCCGCCAUUGUGCUCUACGGCUCCAAGGCGCAGCUCAACCUCCAACCGUCGGGAAAUAGCGACGACGGUUCCUCGUCUUCCUCGCAGUCCUCCAAACGCGCCACCUCCUAUUCCACCCAAAACCUCCGCCCCAUCCUCCCAAAACCCCCCGGUUUCGGCCUCGUCCCACCCCCUUCCGCCGCCGCCGCAACCGCGUACAUACCCUACGGCUUCCAAUACCCGCCGGAGAUUCUCCAACAAUACUCCCUCCAACUACCCCAACCACCGCAACCGCCGUUCCGCAGCAGCGAAGCAAUUGUGCUGUGCAAUUCAAUCCCAAGCCCUAACCCUAACCCUACACCCCCUCCAAAUCCCAACCACCCCGAAAGCGACCCCAAAACCCAAUCCCAACAACAAGACGAUUUCUCCUUCUACGACGAAAUGAACUCGCUGGUGGGCUCCGUGGGCUCAAGCUUGUCACUCUCAUCAACCAUGGCGGCGGCGCCGCCGGCGUUCGGAAGUCCGGGCUCCCCCAUGUUCUGGCCCACCGGAGAAGACGGAUUAGCCGGUUCAAGCAUCUGGGAUUACCCCAACGUCGAUCAAUAUCAACUCUUCGAUUUCAACCAAGACAACCUCGGAAAGAUCUAA